UUAAUGAUGGCUAUGGUAUCAAUGAAUUGCAAUGUUACUGAAGUGUAUAACCAGAAUCUCCAAGCUUCAUGGAUUUCUCAGAAACCUUGUACCUUGUCCUUCUACCAAAGUCAAAGCCAUGCAUUUCCUCAAGCAGCAUCAAGGCAAACCAAAAAGCAAACCCAUUACUCCAUUUCGCAGUGACAGCAACACCGACAUGAAAAAACCUGAGAAAUUGAAUUUGAAAUUGAAAGAAAAGAAGAAGAAGGAUGAGCCCAGAGAGUAUACGAGGAACGUAAUUGGGAAAAUUUACAACACGCUAAAGUACUCAACCUGGGAAACAGCUGAGUCAGAGCUCAACAAUCUCCCUUUGAAGUGGGACUCAUACACGGUGAACCAGGUUCUGAAGUCACACCCGCCAAUGGAGAAAGCGUGGCUGUUCUUCAACUGGGCCUCUGGGCUCAAAGGGAUCAAGCACGACCAAUACACUUACACUACCAUGCUUGAUAUUUUCGGGGAAGCUGGGAGAGUAUCUUCCAUGAAGCACGUUUUCCAGAAGAUGCAGGAGAAGGGAAUCAAGGUUGAUUCUGUUACCUACACUUCCAUGAUGCAUUGGCUUUCCAGUUAUGGGAACGAAGAUGAGGCUAUGCAAAUGUGGGAAGAAAUGAAAUCCAAGGGGUGUCAUCCCACUGUUGUCUCUUACACGGCUUAUAUGAAGAUUCUGUUUGAUAAUAAAAAAGUAAAGGAGGCCACUCGUGUUUACAAGGAGAUGAUUGGCUCUGGUGUUGCUCCAAAUUGCCACACUUACACUGUCCUAAUGGACCAUCUUAUUGGGUCUGGAAAAUGUAAAGAGGCCCUAGAGAUUUUUGAAAAGAUGCAAGAGGCUGGGGCACGACCUGACAAAGCUGCAUGCAAUAUUUUGAUUGAGAGGUGUUCUGAAGUUGGUGGGACUGAGUUCAUGACACAUAUCUUUCAGUACAUGAAAGAAAACCGUCUUGUUCUCCGAUACCCUGUUUUUGUUAAAGCAUUGGAAGCUUUAAAAGUUGCUGGUGGGAGUGAUACCCUUCUAAGGCAAGUGAAUCCUCAGUUUUAUAUUAGCAUAAGGAAGAACAAAAUUGAUAGUGUCACGGUUGCUGCAGAUUCUCAUACUAACAUGGAUAAAGAGCUUUUAUUUGUUUUAUUGAAAAAUAGAAAUGUUGUUGCUAUUGACCAUUUACUUAGAGGGAUGAUGGAAAAGAAACUAUCUUUAGAUCAUAAGGUUAUCUCUACCAUUAUUGAGGUAAAUUGUAGUCAUUGCCGACCUGAAGGUGCUUUGUUGGCUUUCAAGUACAGUGUUACAAUGGGAAUAAGUAUAGAGAGAACAGGAUAUCUCUCCUUAUUGGGCGUGUUGACCAGAUCAAAUAAGUUUUCAAAGCUGGUGGACAUUGUUGAGGAAAUGACUAGAGCUGGACAUUCUCUUGGAAUCUAUCUAGCUUCACUUUUGAUCUUUAGGCUUGGUUGUGCUAGGAAGCACACUUUUGCUAUGAAGAUUUUCAAUUUAUUACCUGAUAGCCACAAGUGCACUGCCACCUAUACUGCUUUGAUUAGUGUUUACUUCUCUGUUAAAAGAGUUGAUAAGGCGCUUGAGAUUUACAAAACCAUGUGCAGCAAAGGAUUUUGUCCUGUGUUAGGUACAUAUAAUGUACUAAUAGCCGGCUUGGAAAGAAAUGGUAGACACGCUGAAGCAGAACAUUAUAGGAAAGCAAUGAAAACCCUGAAUUCCAAUAAUGGUUCUCAGGAAAGUGUUUCCAUAGAGGGAAACAUAUGCAAUCUUAUAUUUUCUGUGGAUGUCAUACUUUAAUCUUGGUACUCUGGGAGUUUUCACUUUUGAGUUCAAGUUGAGGGCAUGCUGAAUAGUUGCUACUGGAGAGUGAAGGAGUGCUGGUUAUGCAGCACAUCUAUCAAGAAAUAAACCGACAUUUUGAUCUAAGUGGCAGUUUAUUGGAGAUGCCAACAAGGUCUAACUGUUAUGUUCUACCUCCACUUGAAGCAACCAUAUGAUGCAUAACACAACUUUUUGAAGUGUGUUCACAUGCAUACGGUCAUGGAUUUGUGAAGUCAAAGGCAGACAGAAUUUGUGAUUGAAGGAAUGUGGGAUGACAACUAUUUACUGAAAAGUCCCUAUAUUAAGCAUAAUUGCUUUGCAUCUGUUUGUUUUCCUUACGUAUAUUUGGUGUUUUGUAGACAAAGUCAUAUCUGUAGUGUAUAUGAAAGGAAUUGUCAACAUUUUUGUCACGUAAAUUUUAACCUUUUUGCUGCAUUAAUUUU